AUGGUAUCCGAUCACGUAGAUUUCUUACCUAAGCUAUAGGCAACUAAUCAACCGAUGUCGGAAUUGGAAUUAAUUAGACAGCAAAUGAAUAAGAGGACCGAUGAGGUAGGCAAAUAAUUUAACAUCUAGCCUUCUGAAGUCGCUUGAAAGUACGCAGAGAAUGGUUGGUAUGGUUGAAGAGGUGAGUUCAUAUGCUGAUUUUUUUUCGUUUUUCAUCUUUCCAUUCUAAAGCAAUAGCGAAACGCCUUGUCCCGCUAGAAUUUUAGCCUGCUGUCUUUAGCUUUACCACCCUAACCCUAACUUUCCUAUCAGAAAAUAUCUACUCUCUAUCUCAGCCUUUCCUAUAUGCAAGCCAUGGCUUUCAGUUUCCCUUUUCUUUUUGCUCCCACGCUACAUGUCUUAAUGCCUGUCAUUUCCGGCAUAGGGAUUUGUUGAAUUGUUUUUUCCGAAAAUUAGUUGAUUUUAUUGCGCGACCAAACACCUUAUUUAUAACUUCGCAAUUCAGGCCUUCCAUGUCGGAAUAUGUAGAUGCUGACUAUUCCUAUAUGAUAGGCGAAUUCCGAUGUAAAUGGAUAAGCUACCGUCUUCUUUGUCGGGUAUGUCCGGUCAAACAGUUGUUAGCGUAAUUUAUACGUGCCAGUUUAGUGUUUAAGCAUGUUAGAAUUUCAGAUUACCUCGUCUGUAUCUCAAAGCCCAAAACAUUGGCUAAGUCUCGUGAAGACCGUAACUGCCACCGUCAUUCGUAGUCUCUGCUCCGAUGAGGACCUGUUUGUCACUUGAAGUCAGCAUAUUUAGAGGGUUAGAGGCAGAGCCCUUGAUGACCCUAUUUAUGUACAGUGCUUUCGCAGAUUCGUUCUCAAAAAUAAAAUUGCAGGCAUUUACAAUGUUAUUGGGUCGCAGUUCAAUCGUAAUCAUAAGGUAGUGCAUAAGGUCACUGUAAAUUAUUGCGGAGGGAUUGUAUAUGACAGUUUUUUUACAAGACUGGCUGUGCGUAGUCAUGCUGUAAAAGCCGAUUUCUGUUGAAAACUAGGCGAGCAAGUUUGCUUUUAAACAUACAAAUUGUGUCAGCCGUCAUCAUCUCGCUUGGAAGCGAGUUCCACGGUCUGACAGCCCGCUGGCUGAACGAAAAUGUUCGACGGUGUACGACGACUUUCAACUUACAUAACUGAACGAACCUGGGGACGUGGCAAUUAAUUUAUGCUAGGACUACUUAAGAAAGCGUUGAUCAGGCUCUGUAUUUUACCAUCUCUCUUUACAGGAACAUGAGAUGGCUGCUGAAUAUUACUACUAAAUCACGUACGAUUCCACGACCGUGUAAGCACUAAAUAUGGCGUAGUAUCCUGGCUUGGACUAAACUUUCCAAGGUCUCUCGUCCAGACGCCUUAAAACACUAUUUGACUGACCUGGAUUCAUCUUCACACGUUAUCUACUUAAAUAUAGUGGAAUAUUUCUAAAAGAUAUCGUUUAAGGCUUCAGUGAAGAGUAUGGAAGGACUGAUAAACUGAACUGGUUCGGUUAUCAAUGGACACGUGUUUACAAGUUGGAAUAAAAUACAGCUGUUUAAUUAAAUGAUGCAGGACAACGUGCUGUAGUAGCAUUGUAACAGAAUGCAUUCCCAUUCUUAUGGUCUCCGCGUAGCCACACAGCCAAAUCAGUAGACUUUGCUUUCUAGUGCACGUCGUGCCUUGACAAAGUUCUCUUGUCAUUUGAUGCGGUGGAUUGAGUUUUGAUGGUUUGAUGUAGACCUCUCGCCAGAAACGAUGACCACGGCGAUUCUUUUGCAGACCAGCAGAUUGAUUUCUGGGAAUUUUAAGUCAGUCAGGGAGCACUGCUUUGGGCCAACAUCCCUCUGACUCAUGUGGUUAAGUGUUGGUGCCGCAUGAUUUGGUUUUUUCUCCUUAACAUCGGACGUUUACCGGUAACCCCGUUAUGCUUUAGUCUCCUACACAUUCUCUGCAUUGGGCGCGGAUAUUAUCUAGAGAACCUAAAAACUUAAAUGACCCUAUUCGACAAGUUUCAAGGACGUAUUUGCAUUUUUUUACUAAUUGCAAAAUAGCAUGUACGUCUGGCCUGUCCGUCGUCGAUCUUUAAUAACCUACAUGGGGACAUGUCCUUCAAGUGUUAACCUGACUCAGAAUAGCUACACGCCCGCAUGCUACGCAACUUUGUAGCCAACGCAGCAUUUGUGUUCAUCCUGAUUUUUAGGCUAUGCGAUAGUCUUUCCUCCGAACUACAAAGCUUCUGUACCUUUGUACAAACAAAAUGGAUCUGUAGGGGCGUCUCUCGAAGUAGUUGUCGUCGUCACACAGUGUUUUGUGACCAACGCGGUCAUAAAUUAAGUAUUAUAUGUAUCUCUCUACUCAUACCUUCCUAUGUCGGGGAGUUAUCACUACUGGGUUAGCGAAAAAAGAUAGUAUCUCCUGGCUCUCAUUUCUUUUUUUUACUUCAGCUUGGCCGACCAGGCAAAUAGUCAAAUCGUUCGACAGCUAAAUUCCAUAAGUUUUCUUCUCGACCCUUGGGUGUUCAUGCACUCAAUCAGCGUUCACGAAUUUCUAACGUGUAGUUUAUCAUUUAGACUUGAUCCCAGUGCUACUUUGCUUCGAAAUCUUUCCCACUCUCAAGAACGGCAGUCCGAGCGUUUUGCUACCUGAAAAUGCAGUUUAUUCGAGUCAAACGGAUACCUUAGACUGUUAAUUUUUCUCAAUAACAUUCCACAGUGAUAAUUUCUCCCGCAGUUCAGCUAGUCCUCUCUGCCUCGAUGACCUUAUUCCCAUAACUAUAUUUUUAUCGUACUACCCCUCCUCUUUCUACCAAGCAGGGCGGUCGGAGCGAUGAUGAGGCUUAAACAUAUGUUAUAGCUUCUGACAUUUUGAAUACCAACCGUGCAUGAAAACCUCUCAAGUCGACUCCGUCGUUUGAUUUUUCAGGUUCAACAUGUGCUUUACUCUGGAAGCAAGUAUUAGUGAGAUCCCUGUCCAUUGAGCCGUUUAUUUUUGUAAGAUAAUCGAGCGGUACCCAAAUUCAAAAGCCGGGUCUUUGUGUUCUAAGUCGUUUGGGGUUAUUUUCGAAAAGUGACCUCUAAGAAAGCAGGUUUUCUACUAAGUGUUUCCCCACAAGGCUGGGAUAUUUAACCUUCUCAAACCUGCCGAUGGUUUGCCGGAUUUCUUCCUUUGUAUUAUGUAUCCGCUACUUGCAUGUGUUGUUUGCUUCGUUUUACGACCGUAGUGAUCUUAUUAACUAAUUGCUAUGUAAAGUUUUUAUGGUGCUCAAAGAAGGGCAGUCUCUAGUGGUUGCUUACAGGAUGUGGAUAUUUCGCUCUGAAAUCACGUGACGCCCAGCCUCCAACUGGGCCUAUUAGCCAUGCGGAGCCCAGCGGUCAUGCUCUUGCAAUCUUUCCGAUAGCAGGAGAAACCGAAUGAGGAUAACAGGCAUGUCUCUCUAACGCUAGUAAGUUCAUAUGUUAGGCCCAGAGGGAUGGCACGCGUCUUGACUUAGUCAUGCCUCCCAACGGGAAGAGACAGGUCGAUGUUGCCCCAGUCUCCCUCACUAUUAUACGCUGCCUGUUCUACCUUCUUAUCCUAGGGGUCGUUUUAAUGCUAGAAUUUGAUGAGCCAUCUUUAUAAAAUUGUUUGAUACCAAUCUUCACACUGCGACGCACAUCCUACCACUUCAUCCUGAUCAUAUAAAUGUAAGAAGUCGUUUUCUUAAUCUACUUCAAAGCGUAAGUCGAAUUCCUGGGACAAUUUUUAUGCGUGGUUGUGGUGAACCAGCGUUUCCCUCGCCUGACUUCCGAUGUGUUCAACAAAACAUUUCUAGUUUCUCGCCCUAAGGGAGAGGACUUUUCUGAAGACCCCCUUAAUUGUGCACCUAAUUCCCAAUUACAUCAAUGUGGGUUUUGGACAUUGGUCUCACCUUAUGCAACAGUAGAUACACUCUUCACUUUUUUAUUCAUCAAACUGAGCUUUACAUCCAGUAGUUUCACUGACCCCAACUUUACUCUCCCCCCUCUCUGCCUUUCUCACUGCAGAGCCACCAGAUGGGAGCCGGCGCGUUGGAGCAACUCUACCACCAAGGACGUAAGUGCUGUGAUGAAUUUUAGCCACUGGCAUAUUUUCCGUGCAUAUGCUGUCCAUCAACCUUUUUUCUUCACCCGACACGCACUCAGGCAGACGCCUCCGCGCUAUGCGUGUUUCACGUGCUGAGAACGCGCACGUACUAAGCCACGUGCUCUGCGCCCUGGCUGUCGUGAGUACAUGUGGUGGCAGCACUGUCCCCUGAAGUGUCACCUCUUACUUCCUCUCUUCCACUUCUCUAUCGUUAUUCUCUCACUGGCGUUUCUCACGUGAUUUAGGGCUUUCGUGUCUCCUUGCUUCCGAAUUCAACCUACAGCUUUCCCGAGUUAGUCACAGUUCUUCACUAGCCUCUCUGUUUUGCUUAGAUUGCAUGUGAGUGGCAUGGUUUUCCCACACACAAACACUGCAAAACUGGUCGCCUGGCAGUUUUUUUGUACCAUCUCAAGGCUCGAGUCGCGGUCGAGGGCUUACAGUCCAGGUAGUCCACCAACAUGCCCUUGCAGACGUCGUAUAACGAAGGCGUCGGAGCGGGUAGUAUCCAGGGGCUUUGGCGUAGGGACAAGAGCUCCUGACGAGGCUGACUUUUUUACCUUUCUAUCUAAACCUGCAAAACUGCUGCCACCUAAUAUACUGGACUUGUCUGCAGUGAGACUCAGUCAAAAUGUCAACCCCCUUCUCCCAUGUUCGCGUUAGGUGCCUUAUUUCUGAAUUAUUACGGCCGUGUCCAUCAGUUGUAGAUAUCAAUCUUCUCAACUCACACGGCGAGUCUGUUAUAGGCUAAGUGGUAGUGCUGCCCUGAUACGCGAAAAACUGGUGGUUUUAUAAACACUGCGCAGUUUUCAAUUUCAGCAAUUGGAUUACUCCUCCAGGAAUACUUCAUGAAUGGUGGUCUCGCGCAGCCAUUAUGAUUGUUUUUGAUUCCUUAUGUCUAUACUACACGUUCACGACCCCUUAUUACCUCAUGAAGUACCGACAAACACAAGGAAGACAACGAUACGAGCAUGUUUCGUAGCCUGACCGAUGAAUGGAGUUCCAACAUAAUUGACAUUCCCGAUCACGACCGACAGGGCAACGGGCCCGCGACCCAGUCGUGGGGCGUUUGACUCAAUGUCCAAUGAUCCUGUGUUUGAAUUCCAGGAGCUCCAAACCUGGGGUUAGGUAUGACUGGCUGAUGAUGCCUGAUAGGCCAAAAACGCCCACUCCAGCCUCCCUCGCCCUUGUCGAUACUCCCUUCGGCAUAUAUCCAUGGUCGCUAUGCGACUGCCCUUGUGGACCCAAGGUUGAGCCUCCAGGCACAACCGGACGAGCAUUGCUUGUAACCCGAUCCGUGGACUCAAUUCCAACAUAGUAAACAAAGUUUUUUUCUUGUCCAGACCCCAUUAGAUAAACGCCACUAAAACUUCAACAAAAUUCUAGUCAGCCCAGCUUGCAGAAAUAAGGAUUGUCCUUAGGCCAUAGGCGGAGAGGUAGGUCAGAUUGCUAUAAGAAAUGUUUCAGCAGUCACUCCUCUUCUGAGCUAUAAAUAGAAGCGUUGUCCUAAAAAAUUACUCUGUCGAUUGGGUGUCGGUGUGUGCCUUUGCAUUUGAAAACAUACCUCCGAUUGUCGUUGGAUACCUUGAUGUUGAUAAUGCCUUGUCUUUUCUCAGAUAGGCAACUCUCCUAGUGUGAUGACCACCCAGACCAUCACCCAUUAUUAGUUCCUGACAAUGUGUCCCUGCGCACUGUGGGAGUCCCUCCCAACUACGAAUAUCUAGGUCUCUUUCAUGGAUUUAUUUGGAAAUAAAACUUCAUGGCAUAAAUGUUCUUCCAGGAUUAAGGUCGACGGUCGAAAAAUGUAGGAAUUUCUCGUAUAAAUUUCAUGACACUUCGCAGAUGAAAAUCAAACUAUCUCCUUCUUCCCUUACUUAUGCCCGGAGGGGACAUUGGCAAAUUGCCCUCAAUUCCAACACACCGCUUCAAACCACUGUCAUACAAAUUGCCUAACUGAGGUGGAAUGCCUGGACUGUAUUUGAGGAAUCAGACUAAGGAGGUACAUUGUUAUUCCAAUAAAAAGACAAUGCAAUGGCACGACUGAGUGCUGUCUCCUAAAGCUUUCCAGGCCAACGGUAGUAAUGGCUCCACACCUUUUACCCCUAGGAAUCAGAAUUGUCAGGGGCUAGCACCAAUUGCUUGAGGUCCUCUUGUUCUGGCUAUUACGACAUCGAGCACUGUUGUUAUUGACGUAGCAGUUUUCCAUGGAUAAGCUCUGCCCACUCCCUCCAGUACUCUGUUAAUAAUUGACGGGCACUUCCAUUUGGGAAAUUCGGUCUUAUAAACCUACCCUGAUAGAAUCUGCACGCUUAUAAGAGCAGUGCCAUCACCAAAUUCCUCCCCCUUUGGAAUUAACCUCGACCAUUAAUUUUCCAAGGUCAGACAACAAUGCGGCAAGGCGUAAAAAGCCUCCUGUCACAUCUGACAGUUUCGACAGUCGCGAACGACUAUGUCCACUGUAUGUCCCACAGCAUGGCAGCCGCAGGGGCGGCGACUUGCGCUUAAAUUAAUUGCUAGUGGUAGUAUACGUGCACAGCAUAUAUCGCAAUCUCCCCACCCAGGACAGAGUCGAGAAAACUGAAGAUGGGAUAGCGCGCCGAGACUAAGCAGCCAAUUUGUGCAUGCCACACGCACGCCGGGUCCGCGCACAAAGAAUCAGGGUUUCACAGAAACAAGGGGAAGUUUCAUACCAGCCACACUAAGAAGGUCCCAUUGCAGCUUGACUCCCUGAGUUAUCCCGUCAUUUGGAAGCCCUUCAAGCCACCGUGGUAGAUUCAGGCACGUCAGCUUGCUUAUAUGCGCUAAGUGCGGCGGGAAUGCAGUCACCGGAAUCGGCCUCACUCACUCCCCUCUCCCAGACACCAGUCCCCUGUUCGGGCCGGUAAAUCAUCUGACGCGGGAAUUGGGCGCAAGUGGCUGACAGAACUCGACAUCCCGUCUACGUGUGCCAAACACACAGAUGGUACAGAACAAACUUGACGCAGUGGUGCCCUUGUGUGUCGGAGUCAGUGGUGAAUCCGGAUCCCCGUGUCCUGUAACCGAGUACACUCGAUACGUCUUCAAAUAGCAACUGGAUAUUUGUCCAUUAGAUCAUUUUCCAUACCCUGUCUUUGCACUUACCACACUUUGAUAAAUGAGGCCUAGUGAAAGUGUCAGUCAGUCAGUGUAUUUGAGGGAAAUAGGCUUACGCCUUUGAACUCCCUAUUUGUACAUAAAAAAAUCGAUAAAUUAGCAGAAUGUGAAGAAAUUAUAGCAGUAAGUGAAUGCUGACAUUGAUUCACAUAUGUCACUGGUCUCAUGGCUAAAAAGUCACAUAGUCCGCUUGGUGCUGUAGCAUAUGUCUGUCAAGUCUACAUUUAAAUGUCGCCACAGAUUGAGACAUGACAACCGUCUCGGGCAGAUUAUUCCGCGGUUUCACGACACGAUUGGAGAAGGAAUAUUUUCUCACAUUCAAUCUACCCUGGGGCACACGUAGCUUUAAGGGAUGUCCCCGGAGGUUAGUUGUUGUGGCGAGUUGGAAAAAUUCAUCGCACCGAAGGGCGCAGUCCAAGCCACGCACGAUACGGAAAGUUUGUAUCAAGUCUCCGCGCAACUGCCUAUAACUCAGAGGAUGGAGAUUAAGGUUAGUUAAGCGGAUCUCGUUUGGCAGUGCAUUUUGACCUCUUACUAAUUUUGUGGCUCGCCUCUGCACCCUUUCGAGCAGAUUGUAAUCCUGAUGUGUCCAUGGUCUCCAGGCCUGAAUUGCAUAUUCGAGGUGCGGCCUUACAAACGUGCCGAAGACUUUGGAGAAGCAGUCUUUAUCGAAAACUGCGAAUGCCCGCUUGAUGGUAUAUAGCAUUGAAGUUGCGGCCUUGGCCGCCUUACAACAUUGCGCAGAAGGCUUAAGGCUGUCUGCAACCCAGACUCCGAGAUCUUUCUGCGUUUCUGCUUCUCGAAGUGGUAUUCCGUUCAGAUGGUAUUGCCGCGUACUAGGGGUCUGAUUUCCGAGGCGCAGUAUGGUACAUUUGGUCAAAUUGAAGGACAAGAGCCAUCUGCGGACAGCAUGCCUUAUCAAUGUUAUUUCUAGCCUUUGUGUUGGUCCAGCACGCCUACUGCGUGGCCCGUUUUAGGGACUAGCUUGGAAUCCGCUGGGCGUUAUCGGGAAUGCGCACCUAUAACAAAUUUGUUGUGUUAUGAAAUCCUGGCCGCUGUCCGUUGUGGACCAGGUGGUGUGGUGGUACGUCUAGGUGCUGGUUUACCCCGUGCCAGCCACCUGCGUCCUCUCCCGCCUCCAGUCUUUUUGACUCCACUUUGACACCAGAUCCAGGUGGGGGACGAGAGAGUGUGGGAGAUUCUGCGCAAGUCUGCUGUCACUUUAGACUCACGCGCAAGUCACCGUCCCUGCUCUCAACCUGUUGUGAAGCGCACGGUGGACGUCGUCGAAUUCGAGUCGGACUGUCAGUGUCUCCGGUGGAGUCCGUUAGGGACGAACGCGUGAGCAUCGGCUUAUGAAGGUUUUCGGGUAGUCAUUCCGCAUAAAUUGGUCGCAGAGACAUCGCAUCUAACGUGCUGUUUCCUUCGAGUUUCUGCAGUGAGCCUGGACCCAUUUGAAGGGUGUUCAUACACUGUUUCGCCUGCGAACCAUCUGAUGAUUGCUGUGGACAGUGACUUUUAAAGUGGUCAUUGUCUUCCUUUAAGCCGUUGUUUCAGUUUUACCGUCAGGACUUUGCCUGAAAACGUCAAGGAAGGACAGCUGCUGCUCCCUUUCUUUUUCCUCCUGAAUUGAGUAUCAUUAUGUUGAGGUUGUGGAAAGUGCAGCAUACUCUUAUUGACGAAAACAAACGUGUCUUCGGCGUAACGGCGCCGAUAUACGGGUUCAUGCUGGGCCAAUGCAGUCUUUGCUAGCUCCUUUGAGGCCGAAUUUGCCACUAAACUGCAGAUUGGGAAGCCCACUGGAGUCCCCUUGAUUUAUUCAUAGGUUUCCAGCAAAGAUAAAGCAAGAUUUCUCUGGCCAGAUUCAAAACUGUCUCAUGGGGCUCUGAGUUCCGUCGUAUACCCCUCAAGUCUCCUGCACAGGGCUUCGUGCGCCAAAUGCUGUGGGAUGUAUUUGAAUAAAGACGUCACGCGGGGCAGGCCGUGACCUAUGACCUUUGAGGUCUAAAAUGACUUGGGAAGCUGGUUGCGCCGAGGCAAUCAAAUUGCGUUGGAGAAACUUCAGUUUUUGCGUACACUCACUUUGUUUUUAGGGUAAGAAUUGACUGCAGUAGCACACCUGGUUUGUGUAUCUUUGGCGGGUCAAAGAAUCGGGCCACAGCGGUGUCUAAUGAUCUCAUUUUUUAGCCUCGUCACUUUUAUGUGGAGCGUGCGGCCCGAGAAAACUCACUGCGUGGUGCGUGCCAGCCGUCUUUGACUUUUUACUCCCAUCUUUCCUUUCAGAGCAACUCGACCGUAUAAAUGAGAAUAUGGACACCAUUCACAACGACCUGAAAGAAGCUGAGCGCGAGCUGGACAAUCUGGAGAAAUGCUGCGGAAUUUUCGUCCUGCCAUGGAAAAAGUGAUUUUUAAAUACCAUGAACCUUCUUACUUAAACUUAUUAAGUAACUGUUUUGUUACGAAAUUGAGCACGGCGAUCUGAAUGUUUUUGUAAACAGAGUGAAAAGGCCGGGGAAAGAAAAGCACUUCAAACCAAAGCAGUACAACCAGCCGCAAAACGGAUUACCAAAGGCCUGGGACGGGUCAGACGGCAGAGGCGAUCCUAAUGUCGCCAUCCGUUAUCAAGCUACAAGUCAGCCAGGCUACAUUCAACGGUAAGAACUCUAACGUACCAGCUUUUCCCGAAAUUUUGACUCUGGGAAUUGGCGAUUAUCCCAUUCUCUCCAACUUAUUGCCGUGUUAUUGUCCUCAUCACAAUGCGAAAACAUUCUAUGGACGUGUCUUCAAACCUUGGAAGUCAUCACAAAGAAGCCAAGAUACAAAAACAGUUCAUGCACCCCCAGUAGCUUUUAGGUAAAAAGGAAAGAAGUAACUGUCUUCGCACAGUUUCGAUAAUCUUCUUUCUUCGUCUCCUUAACGCGUUGGCUUUUGGUGCAGCAAUUACUGCAAGUUACUCUUCGAGCGACGUGGGGCUCGUAGCAGCCUGUUAACAGUUACUGGCAGUCGGUAAUUAGCCUUGCCUACAGGUAGCUCGUUCCUAGAACAGCAUUUUACGACAGAUCAGUACAACCGCUUGUUGCGUUUUUGUCCUGAAUUCUGCUAAUUAUGUAUCCUUUUGUGAUUAUUUUCGUGCGGUGACACGGUUUCCUUUGUUUCAUGCCGACUUCGAAGAAGCCCAGCUAACAGCAAAUGAUCUUUCGCGGCUCUUAAUGUAUAAUCAUUCCGGAUGAAAGCAUAACCGCUUGCUACCAUGUUAUCGUUUCCAGGCAGAAUGCACAUAAAGGCUCCUCCAGCCGGAUUCAUUUCUGGCCCGGACCGUUUAAUGUUUUAGCGCUCAAACCACAGCUGACAUCUGUAAUGAUUGAUUAGUGGGCACCUUUGUUGGUUUAAUCUAGGCUUUGACCGGAGACGAGGCAGCAGGGUAGUAGCUAUAACCAAGUACUUAUAGUCCUUCGACAGGGGAAUUGGGAGCAGGGCGAUCUAUUGUUGAGAAAUGCAGCCCACAACCACAUCCUUCUUGAUGCUCUGACUUGUUGCGCUGGUGCUCAUUUCUUCCUCAAAAGGUAAUUUAUCUUAGAGAAAUAAUACCCUACUGUUCUACCCUCUAUUUAUGUGUCCUCGGUUGACUGUUACCUCAUAGAUUCUGCACUAAAUGCUUAAUUACUUCUUCGCACGAGAUUAAUGCCGAACUCCCCCCCCCCUCCACGUUUUCCAGUACAUAUUGGUCCUGACAGCCGUUCACGGGAUUUUUGUCUAUCAGAGCCAGCCCAGCAUGCAUUUGCUUGCCCUGACAGCGCUUCGACCCUACGCUUAAUGCCGAAACUCGAUCUUAGUGGUUAUUUGUUUUACUUUCCCAUAAUAACAAGCCAAAUAGAGUAACUUGGGGAAGCCCGCAUUUUCGCCGCAUCUUGUCGGUGCAUGUUUUUAGUGGGUACAACCUCUCCACAACUGGACACACAUCUCUCGAGAAACUAUAUAUCGUGCCUUCGUGUUGGCACCCCAGUAAACUAGAGGGUUAACGUAAGACCAAAGGAUCGAGUCGCCCAUCCUCGUGCAAUUUAACUGUUAACGGAAUUUCACAAGAGAAUGAACUCAGAGAGUGACCAAAGUGCGGUCGUUCCACAGAAUACAAAACGAUGCCGUCUGACUGAGGUUCCUCCCAACGGCAAGGGCGUUCUCGGCAGCCCAAAUUCGUUGAGAGGAGAUAUUACUUAGGGCCCCACCUGGAACCCCACGUUCACCACCUCCCCUCGAAGUGCAACGGAAUUAAACAUAUAAGGUACGACUUAUGGUACAGUGUCUGCGAGAACGAAAACGUCCUGACCUCCACCAAUUGCCAGGACAGGAUAUAUGUGAACUCUAAUCCUUUCGUAAAAAUAAAUUGCACUACCUUCCGAAACAUGCAUAGAUACACAGCGACUGACGAUGCCUGCCCCUCUCAACUACUCGGUAUUGUUCGCACGUCAAAGUGCGGUACUAGGAGAUCUGGCAUCGUCUACCACCUUUGUCACCGUUGUACAUACCCCGAAACCAGCGGACAUGACCUUGCAUAUUGACCUCGCCAGAAGGCGAAUAGGACGCCCAUUACGUAUAAACCUGUCUCUCUCCGAGUACCCAAACUGUGCAACCCUCAACGCAAGUGCAAUCGCUCCCUGUGCUCAGGCAAUCUACGCGAAUGAGGAGGGUUAGACGACCGUCUACAAAAAAAUAUGUCCAUCAUUACGUUUCCUUUGCCGCAUGUUUGAAUGCAUCCUGACAGAGGCGACCUGACGACCCACCGCGUCCUCACCAAGUUUGCCACCGGCCACCGAUAUGAUAGUAGCGACUGGCCGCUAGUACUUGUUGAAGGCUGGUCGUGCCUGGCUCCAGGUUUCGGCACCGAAAUGAACACCUUUUGGUGGGAGGUCUAAGUUACGGGAGGACCGCCACACCAAUUGAUUGUAUUCUUGUAGGCGAAUUUUGGGCACUGUGGUUCUUGACUGUUGUCCAAUUCGAGCAGUCGGUACAGAGCACACUCGACAGCAUGAACAGUACUACUCCACUCAAACGGCUCAACGUUCACUAGCUUCACUACUGCGGAACAGUUCGACGUCAGCGUUUAGAGGUGACAGUCACAAACUUCUCUGGCUCACCGCAUACUAGCUUGAACUGCCAAACCGACAUGAUUUAAAAUAUUUACUUCUACUAACAAUAAAGUCUGGGCAGGUAUAUGUUCGGUCAACUAAUGUGAUAGGUGAGCUUGUCAUUAGGAGUACAUUAAUUGUGCGCAUGACCCAAUGGUCGAGAAGCAGACGAUGUUAUCCCCCUUGCCGUCGUCGAGCACGAAUUUGGGUAGUCCCACCAGUAGUUUAAUAACGCAUUCAUCCAAACGAGACUGGGUUUCUAGCUAAUGAUGAUGAGGGUAGGGUAUGAAACCCGCCCUAGGUGGUUAUUCAAAAAUCUGCCUCAUUUAGGUAGUUGGGGUUCAUAACGGUUUUCCUAGCAAUAGGUCGAGAAGGGGACUAUUGGAGACGCGGAUUUCGACCUUCACUAGCGUUACUGACGUUACAGUUACCCGUAUCGGGCUGGAGGGUUACAAUUAGAAUUAACGUUGGGAGUUGGGUUAUUUUCCGAGCUGGGGUUGCAAGUCUUGGGUCAGGAGAUAGGUUCUAAGGCUUAGACUGGGGUUACGGUUACCUUAGAGUUCUCGUUAACGGCUUACAGGUUAAAGUUACCCAUUACAAGCAUGGCCACGAUUGGCGUCAGGGUUUUAGUUAAGUACAGCCUUCCCAAGAGGACUACAUACCACACCUUGCUGCCCAAGGGUUUCCAGCAUAUUCCCGACUUCUAGGGCUAUACCGCCUUUAAAUCGUGAUUCGAGCCUGUUUUUCUAAUCGACAAAAAUACCCCCGACUUUUUUGACUGUAUUAAAUCGAAGAUUCUCAACUGACCUUAUCGGACGGGGUGGUGCUUUUUCGGUCAGUAGAAAGUCUCCCUCUCAAACGAAAAUGCAAACCACCAUCUCUCUCAGACCGACUCUAACACUGAUAGCCUCCGGCGGCUGCGAGCGCGCACUUAAUCAGUCCGGUAUCACCGGGAGGGCAUCUCUGCGAAUGAACAAUGAGAUGAAAGUGUAGUCGGGCCUGUUACCGAUAGCCCUUGUUAAUUUGUUCACUCAGGCGUAAAACGUCAUUUGGACAGCCAGCUUUACGGGCAGAUGAAAGUCUGCUGAAUUUGUCUCAACAGCGGUGUUCUGAACCUUACCAACCACAAAGACUUCAAGCAUAUAACGCACCUACAAGAGCGAAUGACUCACAGAUAACAAUGAAAUUCACAAUUCUAUAGACUCGAGAGAAGAAACUACCAUUAUUUGGUGUCUCCGUUCGAGAACGAGAGGGUUGGACUUCCGUAAGAACCGUUAAGGUCACCAAGAUAACUUCACGUGAUCUAACUUAAACAGACUUCCCCGCACCUUCUAUAAGGGCAAUUAAACAUGUUCCUGUGAAGUACAGGACGUAGAACACGACUUUAUGGAAGACUGCGAAAACUAUUAGGCUUUUUUCUACAGUAAAUCGGCGUUUCGAGCCAGUUUUUUUGUUUAGUAGUCCGAUUGGGACCCUGCAGGCGCGACGCCGAUCGACAAUUUAUCGUUCGUUUAACGUCAUUACUCGUGAUCCCCUUUUCGUAACGACACUGCGUCACAAGACGUCGCUCACCCUUUGUGAGUGAGGAAUAGGCCGUGUUCGCAACUCUAUCGCCAAGUCUUCGUUUGCUCACCUAGGCCACAGCGACGGCCAACCAACCGGUCGGAUAUCGGUUGGCAGCAUUCGGUCGUCGAAACGAGAGCCCGCAAACCAGGAUUUAUAAUACCCAACGGGGUUCUCAAUGGACCGACUGGCAGUACUAUGGGCUUCAAUGGUCGGCGACAGAAAAAGCUGUGUAUGCUUCUUCGGCAUUCGUUGAAGGUCAACUAAAAUGUCCACAAGGCAGUCAAAACUAAGUGCUUAACCAAACGGCCAGCACAGAUACUAGGUAAAAGUCCAGACACGGGUAAUUCGCCUAUUUUUCGCAGCUGCAGGAUACUAGGUAUGUAGACUGCCGACUACCUGUUGGCGAUUACCCCACUGGAGCUGAUAGAUUUCAGCCCAGCUUUCGGGCGGAGCCUAAAAAGGUUGGCUUCUGAGGAUAUUAAAAAAACUCCACAUUAAAAAGACUCCCCGCUACUUCACCUAGUAAUCAACUGUCGCACUGAAAGGGAUUCCUGCUUCCUGCUCAACGUUGCACCUGGUGAAGCAAUCACAGCUGCUACAGCAAUGACCCCACUUGACUGCUUCACCCUUUUCCGUACAAGUUCGAGCUGAGUCUGAUAUACUCCCGAAGAAAAAAAACCCUGCGCACCCAGGACCUACCGUUGUCUGUCCUUUCUCGACGCAACCCAAUAGUAAAACAACCUUGGUAUCGUAAAUGUAAACAUAUAUACGUAAUCAAUCAUUCUAACUGCCUUGCGACUACUUACAGGAUGCAGAUAUAGUAGUCCACAAGUGUGGAUAUGGGACCAUGUGCAAGGACAGCUGAACUUCAGAGAGUAGCUGGUUACAGACGGAGAACGUAGGAAAAUGUCAUUGGUAGGCAGCGAAUACACCGUGGCCUCAAAAAGCGGCCCCAUUUAGAAACUGGGAUAAAUCACACUGGUGUAGUUUCUUGCAGGCUGGAGCACCAAGGCAGGUAAGCUCUGUGCAAAUUGUUCGGCGGGUCUCCUUUGCCGUCGAUGAAGUGGAGGCUAGAGCGGAGGUUUGAGAAGGCGGAUUGGACGGAGGCUCCGCGGAGCAGGCGGUGAUGGCAGCCUUUUCUUGCUGCUUUUUUGAUGUCUGGAUCUGCCGGCGAGGUCCGGCAGCGAGGUAACGUCUCAGCUCAUCCAUGUGCAUCUUCCGACAGUACUCUGUGCCAUAACAUCCUAUAUUCUGACAAAAUCCGGUUGGAUGAACAUCUGGGCAGUCAGCAUCCCCGCACAAUGGCCAUUUAGAGCAGACAGUUGCACGUUCUGCGGACGACGGUGCCUCGGCUUCAACUCUCCGUCUGGCUCGCUGAGCGCAGUCACGGCACACUUUCCGCUGCGUAAUCGGGCAGUAUUGGAGUCGACGAAAAUGCCGACUGCAUCCAGGGCAUUCGACCUUCUCCUCCACAGGUUUCAGCUUCUCAAGCAGCUGGUUAAAGAAACGGAAUGGCUGUGGCUGAUCGGCAGUGAACUGGCGACUGCAGACGGGGCAAACAAGGUUACUUUGUCCGAUAUACUGCUCCAAACAGGGUUUUUCGCAAAAAUAAUGCUGGCAGGGUAAAACGGAAGGGGUCUUGCACAGUGACAAGCAGAAGGCGCAUGUAGCCAACUCGUCGAACUCCUCCUUUCGGAUCUGCAGCGUCGCCAUUUUGCGUCUGCGCGCGCGCACGCGCUCACGGAAAGCAGGCGGGCGUUGCAACUGCGGCCUUGGCGAUCCAGCCAAUCAGCGCUCUCCUGCCUCCCGUCAACAGCCAAUAAGACUCGAGCUUUAACUACCGGUCACACUGCUGCGGUCGAUCGGAGCGCUCUGCUGACUUGUUGACGGCUCCGCCAUGUGCCCGUGGUCCCGCGCUUCUGCUCUAGUCAGCCCUUUCCCUACCAAUGCGUUCGCGAAUUCAUAGGCAGAACUAGCACCAAGGUGUAUUAUGGACAAAGAAAAUGGAGUUUGGAAUGACUACUUCUGGCUGUUUGCCUUCCGUAUUCCGUUCUAAAGUUCAAUUUUUCACGGACUUCAGUCCUCGCAAUAGUAUUUAUUUCCAACAUCCAUCAAACUACCCGUCCUUUAUGUAGACGCCAUCAAGACUCGGACCCUGGAAUACCUCAGUGAUUCAUUGCACUGUUAACUGUUUGACAUCCAGUACCACAGAGUAUCAGGCAACUGCCUUGAAAAUUCCGCUGCCUAGUGUGCCAUAACCUUACUUUUGCAAAUAGAUACGAGAAAAAGCUGUGGCACAUGCUAUCGUGCUAUUCUCUCGGUUGGUCCCAGGCCUUUGACAAGUCCACACUACUGAACCAAGGGGGAGUCCUCAGUCGCCAUCUGCAUAUUAUUCUACCAUCUGAAGACCGCAAGGACUUUCUGCGUCGUAGGUGAUGCUAGUAUCGCCCCCUACCUUUUGUUGAUCCUGGGACAUAUCUCUGUUCCUAAAACCACCUGUGCGAGCUCCAACGCUGAUGACUGUAUGUAUUUGUCAUGCCUGCAUCUGGUUCUCAUCUUGGUUUACAAGGGCGCUUAGAAACACGGAUGGACUGUUCUCCUUUUCCGUGAUAAUGUUUGUGUUUGGGAAGUUCCGGAGUAGAUGUGAGACAGUCUCACUUUUAGAUAUGAUAGUAAUCACUUUAUGAAGUACAGUGACAACGGCUGAAUCAUAACAACGUACUGACUCAAAAAUGCCAUUUAAUUUUCGUUCUAAAUACAUGUGACCGCAAUUUUUAAGGGACAACCUCAGCCACGGGCCCUAGUGCGUUCUGUCCCACUACCAGAGUACUUCUGACUUGCUCGCGUUCUCCGACUGUUGCUCACCCCUCCCCCCUCCGCCUCUUCCGAGCCACAUGACGUCAGCCCAGGUUAACGCGUUGUGCCUGGGGAAGGGAGGGACAGUCGGUGACCCAUCGCUCCCGCCGUUCGCCUAAGCGGAUGUCCUCGGAGUCAGUGCUACGCCACUCUUACCACUGCCGUACACCGGCGGGUUUGGUGGCACGUCUAGAUGUAGGCUUUCACGGCACGUCGGCCACCGUGUCCAAUUCCAGCGUCAGCUGUUUGACAGGCGCGGAAAGUCGACUGGUGCACGGAAGAGGUAAAAGAGUUAGGCCGACAGGGGAAUCCAUCUCCACGGCACCGGCGCGCUUGAAUCGAUCGCGAUGCGCUAAGAUUCGUGCUUUGAUUGUCAAGUAGUGUGAUGACUCGGUUUUUCUCAGGACUGAAGGUCAGUCUGUAGAGGCCCCCUUACUGUGAUCUUUAUGACACAAAUGUACACAUGUAUGGUCCUAGUCGCCCUGGUAAAAGCGCGAUGCGCUCUGUGUAUGAAUGUAUGCAUAUUGUAUGUACAUAUUUGGAGGGUUAGAGGCAGAGUCCUUGAUGACCCUAUUUAUUUACAGUGCUUUCGCAAAUUCGUACUUAAAAGUAAAAUUGCAGGCAGUUACAAUGUGAUCGGGUCGCAGUUCAAUCGUAGUCAUAAGGUAGUGCAUAAGGUCACUGUAAAUUAGUGCGGAAGAUUGUAUAUGACAGAUUUUACAAAACUGGGUGUGCAUAGUCAUGCUGUACAAUCCGAUUUCUGUCGAAAACUAGACGAGCAAGUUUUAUUUUAAACACACAAACUGUGUCAGCCGUCACCAUCUCGCUUGGAAGCGAGUUCCACGGUCAGACAACCCGCUGGCUGAAUGAACACUUUCUACGGUUUGACCGCGUGCGCUCAUUCUUGACUUUGUAGGCAUGGUCGCGUAGUUGGUUUGUACGAGCAAACUCCGCUCUUAAUGAGCAACCUUGACCGCGGACAAUCCGGAAUGUCCAGAGUAGACCGCAGUUGUCUAUAAGGUGACCAGGCUAUGUAUGGCACGCCUAGGCGGGUUGUUUAGCUUUGGUAGUCACUGCGCUGGGUGAGUGAGGUAGGAAAGAGUGCGAUAGAUGCUCUAGAACUCUAUUGUCACUGUAAACUGAUUCACACCCAAGUCACCGUUUCUGCGCCCAGUCCGUGGGACACAUGGCGGCACGGUGUCGCUCGCGGCGUUUGAGCUGUCAGGAUUGUAGAAAUUUCUGCCUUUUUCGAACUUUUCGUAUUGACCCAACUGUGAAAAACUCGGCGCUUCGGUGGGAUUCGAACCCACGGCAGCUAGGGGAAGGCACGUGAGCUACGAGGCCCCGCCCGACGACGCGAGUUUAAUCGCAUUGGGGUCAAGUAACCUGCCCAACCUACUGCGCCGUCUGGAAUCCUCCAAAUAUGAUGCAGUGCGCUGACUGCCCAAGCAGGAUUUCCAACUUAUUUUUUCGAACAGACGCAUCCUGCGUGUCGGCGAUCGCGCACUUUGCAACAGUCCUAAGACUACUAUUUCAUCCCCAUUUGCAGUAUCACUAAUGAUGCAAGGGAGGACGAAAUGGACCGGAAUUUGGGCCAUGUAGCCAAUGUUGUGGGUGAACUACGCUCAAUGGCUGUGGACAUGAACAACGAGAUCAACGUUCAUAAUCGAAAAUUGGACGACAUAUAUUCCAAGGUGGGUAAUUCACUUCGUGGUUUAGCCGACCCGAUUGUAUUAACGCCAAAUGUUUUGCGUUCCUACUCUGGCUCUUUUAGAUAAAUUUGCUUCUCAGUGUGUUUUGAAAAUGUACUGGUUGCUCACUUGUUUUUCUCUCGCAGGCCGACGACAAUCAAAGCCGUAUGCUUGUUGCCCAGAGUCAGGCCGAACGUAUCGUCGGGUAAAUUCUCUCUUGUCUACUAUUCUUUCACAUUCAGCAAAUUUUGGGACAAGCGUUUCUUAGCCAUCUCGGAGAGUUUGGCAGUCUCUUACAUGCCUUGCCCUAAGACGAAGCUUAUUAGAUAAUCGGGGCAUUGAUUUAAUCUAUGUGGACUUUCAUGGUUUCGUAAUAACCCUGUCAUUGACUGAUUCACUUUUAACCAGCGCACCAUUCGCUUGGUGCCAGAGGACGACCGCCACACCGUGUCUACCAGAUGAGUCUCGUGGGCCACCGUUAUUGAAGGGGAACUGGGAGGUGAUCUUGAUUUGUCGAGAACCUGAAUUGAGAUUCCAGGAUUCGGACUUCCACUUCCUGCGGGCAAAGACUGCGUUGCGUCGGAGUUUGUGUGCGGGGGUUGAGGAACGUCCGCACAUUCCAGUAUUCAAUAUCAAUGGUUCCUUUUCUGAUUAAUUAGUCCGGCCCGCAUAGUAUUCUCUCGCACUACUGAACCAUUGUUGCGAGCCUCAUCAGUUUCCGCGAACGCCGUAGCAUUGGUCAUAAUAGUACUAUCGACUUUGUGUGUGAGGUCUUCUAGAGACUUUGAGUACAGGCGGACCCAAACAGCCAUCCGAAUUGCAGGUUCGAGGUCGUCUCCUCUAGCGGCUCGUCUCAAAAGCCUAACUGCGGGGCAACGGUGGUAGGCAAACUUAUUUAGAGUAGGUUUGCGGUCGUCAUGUCACAGUGCCGUAACUGAGCUUUGCGACUUUUUAUAGUUGCGAAGAUCCCCAUGCCAGUAUUCAGAAGGCCACUUUUCGAGCAUACGUUUGCUUUUGAUAAAUCCUCGUAAAGUCAGUCCACUUAUAUGGGAAUAGGGUAGACGUAAAGCAUGCCGGUGACCAGAGAAAUCGAUUAAGGUUCGUCUUAGAAUACAAGCGGGGUGUGGGAAUAUGAGGGGAGGGGAGGGGGUAAUAACGGUCAACGCCAGGGACGCGCAGAGUUACACGUAACUAGUUGACGUUUGGCUACGGUAGGCGCGGAGCCUGAACGAGGCUCUUCUGCGCGCAUAAGAUCGGCUUUCGUUGCCUAGUGGCGGCCGCUUCUGCCUUCACUAACAGACGCAGGCCUAGUAGCUUGGAGGAACCUUACAGAUCACGCAAAAGGCUCCGCUGGAGUCCACAUGAUACCUGAAACCAGCAACACGUGCGAGAAUGACGCUGUUUGUGUUCCUACUUUCUUCUUUGCCCAGCCAUAUAUGGAGGUGCUCUCUUGAAUAGUCCCCGACUAGUGCGACCAAUAUAACCUGCUCCAUAGGAGCAAGAGAAGGAGCAGAUGGACACUGAUUUGGUCGGGGCAUUGCGUGUAUCUCGUCGAAGCUUUUCGCAUGAUUUAUGAGGUCCUAUCUAUCCACCCUAAGCUGCUGGACCAGCGCCUGUUAUCAGCAGCAGCAGAAGUGGCCGCCAUCAGGUUACGAAACCCGAUUUUUUGCACGCUCAAGAACCUCGUUUAGGCUCCGCGCCUACUGCGGUCAAAAGCUAACUAACUAAGUGCAACCCUCCGCGCACAUCCGCUCUCAUCCCGUCCCUAACAUUGACUAUUAUUACCCUGCCCCAAUACAAAUGUACUGGCUUGAGGAGACUAUAAGACGGGCGGUUGCAGUCCGCAGCCCUCCGUGCCCCUAUGCUUGUCUGGAAGCAAGCCCUGAUGAACGACCGUUCUACUGUCCGUCAUUGGUGGGCACGCGCUUCCGAAUCCCUUUGCUACAUCAUCGCCUUCCCAUUAGUUGCUUGGUAUCUUCGUCGUUGGUUGUUGCCGGACCCUUCUUGCUUGAGUCUGCAGUUUGAGCGCUAGUAGUUGGCAGCUCUUGCAGCUUCGUCUGACCUAUCCAUGAUAUUCCGCGGCUCCAUAUAGCCCAGCAUCUUAGACAGUAAGUUUAUUGUGCGAUAAAAUCGCCGGAAUGGUAUUCUAUCUGUGAGCGAAGCAAGGUUUUGUGGUCUCCGUUUUCACGGCAACCUACUGGCUAUGUUCCGAAGGAGGAAUGCUCAAAAAGCGAACCCGAACGUAUUCACGAAACUCCGAGACAAUCCCCAUCCUGUACGCUGCCUUCAGCGACUGAAGACAAUUUAGAAGCAGCCAUUGUCACAGGGACUACUUUGGCGCUAUCAAAUGCAAACCAUUUGCUUCAUCUUAUCAUCAUUGCCAUGUUUUACACACCUUAUACAGAGGAAUACAUGGGUUGAUUCUGAGGAAGCACGAAGUUUGCCGGAUUUCUUAAUUUGCACAAAACACGCUUGCGAACGGACGUUUCCACCUUAAAGAACGCAUAUUGUGUGAGGAUAAUGCAAAUGCGAUCCUGCGGGUACUGUUCUACUGCUUCCGAUCGGAGAAGCGCAGAAGUCGGUAGCCGAACCGCUCAAUGAACAUUGACAUUCGUACGAAAGGAUGGGCAAAGCUCACGUUGAUUCAUUUUGACCCAACUGUGAAAAACUCGCGCCUCGGUGGGAUUCGAAACCACGACCUCAAGGGGAAGGCGUUAGUGCAGCCAAUUCUCUAGCCACCUGAGCCUUAUGAGUUUCGGUACAUAUUUUAUUGUUUUGUUUGACCACUGAGACUGAAUUAUUUGGCAAUCCAAGGGGUAGAUCGUAGAGUACCUAAUCAGACGUUUUGGCUGCAGAUCAAUAGAAGCAGUCGCCUCUUUCGUCCUCCCGGCAAUAAAAUGGUACCCACAACCUGUGAGUGCACACAAGACGCAACUACAAACGCCUUAAGUGCGUCAUUUCGGUACACACACGACAGUUCGACCGUCGACUCCGACGAUGUCCACCGUAUACCCCGCAGCAGGGUGGAAGCAGGAACGGUGACUUGUGCGUGAAUUAGUUUAUAGUGAUAGUGGACUUGCACAGCAUCUGCCGCACUCCCUCCUCCCCACCUGGACCUAGUGUCAAGACAGAGGCAAGAAGACCGGAGGCAGAGGAGGGCGCAGGUGGAUGGCGCGGUCGAGCCCGCACCUUGGCGCUCCACUCUACACUCCCUGGUCCACACAGCAAAUGACCAGGUUUUUGACCAACAACAGCAAUGGGGGGAGGCAGCAGGGGUCUCAGUGUGCGCGAAGUCUGUCGGCAACUGGGUCUGCCACCGCACCCCGAAAUGUUGGAAUUGGUUAUGGUGUGCAAAUCCGAUAUGACCCCCGUGUUGGUUUAGCGCAUCUACCACGUGGCCCGUUCGGGGAGCACAGUACACACACGUAUAUAAACAAACCACCUCACCCUAGCUCGCUCCUGUGAGUCAGCAAGAUUAAACCAGUCUUUGGCGUCCAUUAUGACUCUGAUUACGCUGCGCGUGCCCCUAAUAAGGAACACGCAGUAGGUGCGUUGGUCCAACACGAUGGCCAGAUCAGGGCGUUACAGCCGUUAUUGGGCAUGCAGACCCGUAACAAAUGCCAUACGUGGGGUGUAGUGCACACCUAGGUGCGGCCUCACGCCGCACCAGCCAUCUACGUCCCCUCUCAUCAGCGGUCUUCCUGACUUGGCCAUGACACCGGCUUCGGAUGGGUGAGGAGGAGAGAGUGCGGUCGAUGCAUCGCAAGUCCACUAUCACCGUAAGCUAAUCCACGCGAACCUACGCUUUUUGAUAGCUUUUCCAAGCAGUUACUGCAUGUUCUUCUUAACUAUGGUGUGAGAUGUUUAUGACUGCACUGUCUUUCCUUUUCUGCAUACACUGCUGCAUUUUUUGUUCGUGUCCUAGGAAACCGAAGCCCAAGAAAGACGAACCGCUCAUUCCGACUCCUGGCGUUGGCAUGGUCACUAAGCACAUGGCAGCCCAGGCCUUCAAGUAG